GAUAUAGCACAUGAUGUAAUCAGGUAGCAGGUGCUCUUCAUCUUUGCCCUCUAACCUUUGACCUGUCGCCAGUGUAUUCGACAAGCUUUCUCAGUUUCAAAUUUCGAGAAAACGGCAACGCAAAACGCUUCAAAAACUGUUUCAAUGAUUGCUCCAUUUUGAAGAAACGUUACAAGAAGCAGAUAAGAUGUCUCAGAAGGAUCCUCCGUACGGACUGUCCAAGGUCGUAACCUUGGCGGUGCUGCCAAGACUGUACAUGGAGGAGCUCGUCUUGGAGCUCGGGAGACGAUGCAUCGAAGCUCAAACCUCGUCAAGUCGUGAGGACCUCAUCGACACCCUGGCUGAUGUGAUCAUGCGCGAGUUCUGUGGACUGACGACCGGGUCUGUGGAAGACAGCUCAAACAAUGAGCCCAGUGAGAGUAGGGAGGCAGAUAGUGGGUCUUGCGGGAACUCGACACUCACCACAGAAAUCUUGAACUCGAGGAUGCGAACGCCCAGCACAGUCUCGCAGGUUUCUUCAAGCCACAAAAGGAAAAGGAGAGAAAAAGAGACCUCCACAAGAUCUGGCGUCUCGAUAACACCUCCAAGACGAUCACAAGAAAGCACCGAAGAACCCAGAAAUAAGAAACAACAAAGUUUAACAGACAAACACUGCUCUACAGCUGUCACAAGCACUGAUUAUGAAGAACUAACACAAGCAAACUUGUCCAGACGACUGGGCAAUGGAAGCUUAAAUGAAAAUGAAAGUCCGCAACUCGAGAGCAGUCCGUCGUCAGAUGUAGUUAUUGUUAAGGUUGAGCCAUCCGUGGAUAGAGAGAACGAGGGACAAACGUUGUGGAGAGAUUUCAGAGAAACAACAGAAGCUGUACAUGUACAGGACCAAGCAGACGUGGGGAGUGACUAUCUUGCGAGAAUGGAAGAGUGCACUAUGCAGCCGGGGGUCGGGAGGAGGUAUGGGGAUGUGCAUGGGGGUUUGGGGAACACUGGAGAGGCGGUUAGUGAGUGGUCCGUGGAGCAGAACAUGAUCGUGGAUGGAGGCGUCUCCAUGGAGAUGGGACACGCCCUUCUGAAUCAGCAACAGGAGAUGGAAAUGCCAGGUGAGUCCAGCUGCAGUACCGGUAAGCUCCACAGGUGUCCCCACUGCAGCUACACCACCACCUGGUCCUCUGUGCUGACCCGCCACCUGAGGACCCACACAGGGGAGAAACCCUUCAAGUGUCCCGACUGUGACUACUCAGCAUCGCAGAAGGGCACCCUGGACCGGCACUUGGCGGUGCACAGUGGAGAGAGGCCCUUUGUGUGUGUGGAGUGCGGCUACAGGGCUGUCGACAAGUCCCGACUGACGCGACACUACAAGUCUCACAGUUUGAACAAGCUCUUUGUGUGUGAGCUGUGUGGGUUCAGCACCCAGGAUGGGAGCCUGUUGGUAGCCCACGAAGCGACCCACGCAACACACCCAGCCGACCCGGGUGGUAACCCAUGUUAA